AGAGCGGGAGAAGACAACGCGAAGAGCCCCGGCGCGCACCCCAGCGCGCCGCCGGAAUAUUUCGCCGUCGCGGGCAAGUGUCGCGCGCGCGCCGCAGCCGCACAGCAGCCAGCUCGGCAAGCAGCAGCCGCUCGCUUCUCCUCGCAUCGCCUCCGCAUUCGAUUCUCCAGCGACAAAAAACGCGCGCGCGCGCGAAGUCCCUCGCCGCCACUGCAGCUGGACGCACCGUUGCCUGGCGAGUGCUUACCGGACCGCCAGUGUAUGGAACUAGUGCCACCGCGUGUGCAAACAAAGAAGGCAACUUCUUCGCUGCCCUGUCGACUUAGACGACGACAGUUCGGCGGGGGAAAAGUUUGUUUGAACCCAGUUCAAAAAGUUCUCUCUUCGCGCGCGAUGCUGCCGUGAAGAGGAGUGCAAGAUUGCGGCAACGACGAUCAUAACCACUAUAAUGAUGAUUACCUUCGUUCAAGCGACUCCGUGAUUGCUUUUGCUUGUUCGACGUCCAGCCCUCGCGGGCGGUGGUCACAGCACUCAUGGAUGUCGUGACAUCGGUCUCGAUGCGAGCGCUGUGUUCCCCGUGUCUGCUCGCGCUGUUGUCCCUGGCAGCGGUGGUGACUACGACGUACUCUGAGGACGUGUCGCUCCCGCACCGACGUGCCAGAGGCCUCAUUCAGGCUCCGGCAACCAAGGAGCAACCCUUCGCGUCCAUUCUGUACACGGCCGUGAUCCGGGGAAAAGUAGCGCUGCCGUGCGACAUCACUCCGCCGUCAGCGGACGACACGGUGGCGCUGGUGCUGUGGUACAAGGACGAAGGCCCCGCGCCCAUCUACACCCUGGACGCCCGGCGCGGCCACGUGGACCAGGCGCGCCAGUCGGCCGUGAGCGAGCUGGGCGCCCGAGCCUACUUCAACAUGAUGAACCGGCCCGCCUUCCUGCAGCUCGACCCCGUCGAGGAAGAGGACGCCGGCGAGUACCGCUGCCGCGUGGACUUUCGCAAAGCGCGCUCCGUCAACACCGUGAUCAACCUCAAGGUGAUCGUGCCUCCCGGCGAUCCUGUUAUCUUGGACGAAGAUGGAAAGCAGCUGCAGGGACUGGUGGGGCCGUACAACGAAGGAGACCCGCUCACGCUGACGUGCCAAGUGGAAGUUGGCAAGCCUCGGCCGGCCGUUACCUGGUGGAAGGAUUACGCUCAGCUGGACGAGUCCUACUUCUUCUCGCCGGACGGCUCGCUGGUCAAGAACAAGCUCGAGGUGGCAGCCAUCACGCGCAACGACCUGCUCGCCACGUUCACUUGCCAGGCGGCCAACAACAACAUCACCAUACCGGCCUCGGUCUCCAUCACGCUCGACCUGAACCUGAAGCCUCUGGACGUCACUAUUCAGCCUCCCGAGCGUCCCCUGUCGGCCAACAAGGAGGUGGAGCUCGUGUGCUCGUCCAGUGGCUCGCGGCCCCCGGCCACGCUCACUUGGUGGAAGGGCGGCCAGCAAAUCCGCUCCGCCAGGGACUCUGAGGACGCCGCGGGCUCGGCAGGCGGCGGCGGAGGGCUCAGCGCCAGCACCUCAGUCCUGCUUUUCACCCCCACGGUGGACGACAACAAUCGCAUCCUGUCGUGUCGAGCCGAGAACAAGGCCAUACCCGGAAGCGCGCUCGAGGAAGGCUGGAAACUCGAAGUUUACUACACACCGAUGGUGACGCUCCAGCUGGGCGGUAAGCUCAAGGACUCCGAGAUCCAGGAAGGGCGGGACGUAUACCUCGACUGCAAGAUCGUUGCCAAUCCGUACACAACGGACGUCAGCUGGCUGUUCGAGGGUCGCGAGCUUCCCGCCAAUGCCUCGGCGGGUGUAAUUGUUAGCACCCAGAGCCUGGUGUUGCAACGUGUGCAAAGAGCGCAGCGAGGCAGAUACGCCUGCGCCGCCACCAACAAGGAAGGACGCGGUGUCAGCAACGAUCUCUACCUGCGCGUCAAAUACGCGCCCGUGUGCAAGACCCACCAGAAGUGGGUGUACGGCGCCUCACAGCAAGAGACGGUAUCGGUGCGUUGCGAGCUGGACGCCGACCCAGCCGAGACCACUUUCCGAUGGGUGUUCAACAGCUCGGCGUCCGGCCGGCGCCGAGACCUGGCGCCACAGGACGCUUCUUCGAGCGGCUCCCGAAGCACACUGGCGUUCUCUGUGCGCUCGGAUGACGACUACGGAACGCUCCUGUGCUGGGGCACGAACUCCGUGGGCAUUCAGCGGGACCCGUGCGCCUUCUCUAUCGUGCCAGCAGGGCCUCCUGACUCGGUAAUCAACUGCUCGCAAGUGAACGCCACCGAGGACGGCAUGUCCCUCGAGUGCAUAGAGGGCCCCUGGGACGGCGGCAUGGCGCCACCUGUCUUCAUCGCCGAGCUGUACGAUGCCGACUCGGGCAAUCUGCGUGCCAACCUCACGAACACGCUUGGUGCGGGAGCAGCGUUCGUGGCGCGAGGCCUGCCAGGUGGCGCCACCUUCCGGGUGCUCGUGUACGCCGCCAACGGCAAGGGUCGCAGCAACCCCUACGCCCUCAUGGCCCACACGCUCAGACCCGCGGAAAAGUUCACAGGUGUUCAAGGCAUGAUCGUUAUUCGGCCAUUUUUAGGAGUUCUCAUUGGCAUCGUCAUCGCCUUGGUCAUUGCCGCCGUCGUUGUCAUCAUCUUCAUACGGUGUAAGAAACAUGGAAGAAGCAAAGGUGCGGAAAAGGAUCAGAUGGAGGACAAAUCCAUGACCUUGCUGAAGAAAGACCCAGAUGAGUCCGUCGACUUGGAAGAGAAGGGUCCUGACAUAAUUCCUGCGACUACGGUUUUCUCCGGUUACGAUGCAGCGCACGAAAAAAUGGUUGCCCUGGCAGCGGGAAUGGAUUCCUACUCAGCACAACUGCCACUGAAGGAAAGUCUAGAAAGCUUAGGAAACCAUAGGACAGCUUCGCCGAAGAAGCAGGACGUCUGUGGCAGCGGUGGGGGCGAGGUUACGUACGCCGAGCUGUCGUUCCCCAAGGCCGUGGCCGUACUGCCCGUGCAGCAGGGAGGUACGCUACGCCGUGCCGCCGCCGCCGCCGCCGCCGCCGCUGCUGUUUCCUCGGGGACGCACAAUGGCGGCGCCAUGCCCCAGCUCCCGGAGCCACCGACGGAGUACGCGCGCAUCGACUUCCACCGGACACUGCGACCCGUGCCGGGAAACCUCGGCCUCACGGGCGAGGAGCUCGAAGACGAGGGCGGCAGCAGCUGCGAGACGCCGCUCAUGGCCAACCGCAGGGAGAGCACCGUCUAGCAACACAUGGCUGCACAGCCCAGGGACUCGACACUCUACACAAGACCCACUACUGGAACGUGCGGCGCUUCUUCAUCGGGAUCUGAUGCGAUGCUCAACUAGGUCAGUGUCAUCACAAGUGCGACACAUAUGACUCCGCGAUGAGCGACGAAGGAGUCCUCGCAACGUUUGCUGCGGGUAAACUCUACCCCAACCUAAAGGUCUGGGACAUCAUAUGACCGAUCUGAACAAGAGACGUGCGAGAGAAUGGUGCUCUCAAGGAAGUGCGGGAUGCCAUGUUUUCACUCAGUGGACUCGAAAAGAUCGACACGUACACUGUGCGGAGACGCGUGAUUUUGCUUGAAUGCUUCACAUUGGGUGACUGUGGCCAAGUGCUUUCUGUCCACAUCCAAGCUGCUCAAAGCUGCCUGUUAUAAAAUGCGAGAAGGAACUCGGAGCCAAUGCUCUCUCCUAGAAGCACUGCAGUAAGUACGUAGAAAAUGUGCUGUGUCGAAAGUACAGAAAAAGGUGUGCAUGAAACAGAAAACAAAUAAAUUAAAUUUUGUUCUACAGGGUCACAUAAAGAAAGGAUUCAAGGAGCGCAAAAUAAGUACGGUGGCUACUAUGGCUCUGAUACUUCUCGAAUAUAAUCUAAUGCACUUAAUCGCUGCAUGACACAACUAGUCACUGAUCCAUUUUGUGUGUUCUAGGUUUGCAUUGCGAAAAGGACAAUGCAAAUGCAGUUUCUAGCACCUUGGAUGUGCUCAAGUACUUGUGCCUUCUUUACAGUGCGAACGUGUGACCGUUUCUCACGACUGCGCUGCAAGUCGUUGUGUGUACGCGCAUGACACAACUAGUCAACUUUCAUUGUAUAUACUUGAAAAUGUUUUAUCCGAAAAAUAAUGUGUAAUAACGAAGAUUCUAUGUGUAUAUUUAUACAAUCACAUCGCUUGGUCAUCAUACACUGAUCAAAAUAUUUCAUCUGUCCUUGAUAAUGUCUCUCGUUCAUUGAAAUAAUUCUGAUACCUUGCAUUCCGACUUUCUUCGCUAUUUUUCCCCCAAGGCAGCGAGUUGUAAUUAACAACUGCACACAUACUUCAACUUGCUCAGGUCAAGACAUAAAUUGUUCUGCAGUAUUUUGCCAUUCCACGACUAAAAGUUUUGUCAUGUGCUUGGUACAGUUAGAAUGAUUCAUUCAUAGACUGUAACACAAUAUCUAUCUUAUUUUUGUUUCAGCAAAAAAGAAACAUGUAACAAACAAUGCAAUAAGGUGCACUGUCUUUCAUUUCAGCUUUUGUUCACCUUUGAAUGCUAGCAGUUUUCAAGCAACUCUAGUCAUAUUUUAUUACUAUUUUGCAGCACUUAUACUAGAAAACAGGCCAAAUAAGCUUACGAUUUGUUAAAAGCAACUAACUUAUGUGGACAAAGCAAUUCUGAGGAUAUUCUUUAAUAAGAGGGAAUAUAGUUAAGCAUAAUGCAAAAUAAGUAUUUGAUACAUUUUCCACCAUUUUGUCUAUACGGAGUAUGUGCAGUAUUUGAAUGAAAAUGUAUUACUGAAUGAAACAUGAUGAAACAGAAAAUACAUGACCAGGUUAGAAGCAGUUUGUGCUCUCUACAUACAUAUUAUACAUAGUAAACACAUGCCAAAGGCCCGUAACAUUACUUGCUCACUGAUUUCAUGUGGUCCAUCAUUCGUUACUGCGUAAAUAUAACCGAGAUAUUGUACAUUUUAAGUCUGAGGGUAGGAACCUACUUUUCUGAUAUCUGAGUAAAGGACAUGAAGAAAUAAAGGCAGAUCUGUCAGUUCAGAAGCAGUAUAAAUGGCACAUGACGAUGCACUUGACACCUAGAAAGAAGCUCAGAAUAUUAACUUUUAUUACAGUGAUUGGUCAUUUGUUUGCUGCAUAAAUAAGGUUCAGUAAUUUAGCAUAGAAUUGCACAACUGAACAAUGUUAUUGUGCCGAAGUUUCGAAAGUAGUCCUCCAGACAGCUGUGCAAAUCCUAAUGCAAAGUAUGUUAACAAAUGAUGUUGCAACAUAUCAUGCUUGUGAAAUUUUGCUGAGACAAGCACUGUAUUGUUUCUUUUACUUUGAUUAUUUGUUGCCCCUCCAAAGCAAUCUUAAUUGAUUGCUUUGAUUCAGCUCUUGUGACUGUUAGUGUUUACUGCAUGUGCUUUAUGAUGUUUCUUUUGAUCUGUGCAGUUGCAACUGGAAUAUUUAUUUAAAACUGCCCUCUGAAAUGCAUGUACAGUGAUAUUCUUGUUCUGUUGUUUUAGACUCUAGAUCAUCUUCUCAGGGUUCGUUUACUUUCUGUUACAGCUUAGCUGUUCAGCCUUAAGAUUAGCAUGGUACCAUAUUCAUAAAGCCCCUGCAUAAAAUAUAAUUUUUAUUAAUGGUCUGACCAUAAAUUGGCACUUCGAAUAGUUCUUGUUUCAGGCAAGUAUGCAAUCAGAAUGAAACUGUACCAGCAAACAAAAUACCUUGUAAAUAACUUCAUACCCUGCUGACCAUGGCAUUACUGGAAAGAGCUAGGGUUGUGCCUACAUAACUAGCCAUUUCCAGUCAUGCAUUCAUUUCUACCUUCCUUCUGUAGCGUUAAAUGGUGCAUAACAUUUUCACCCUGUCAGUGUAUGAAUACGCUGAGGCUGUCGGAUGACGUGAAAAAGCCGUUGCUCACACUAUUUAAGGAGCAUUCCUGUGAGUAUGUGAACUGCACGCUUAUUUACCAAGGUUUUCUUCUAAAUUAUUUGCUAUGUGCUUCGACUGUGUUUUUGUCAUGUGAUACAACUCACAAGUGCCUAUUUACAGCGAGAUGACAGCAGAGAGAAAUGUAUAAUUCCUCCUGAAAACAUUCAACGUCAAUGGCGGGUACCUGGAGGUACCGUGGGUGAAGUUGCUUACAUCGAGUAAUCUUCACAAAUUAUUGUGCAUAGUGUAAGAUAUAAAUGAAACAGUAGGUCUGCUUUUUUUUACACUGUUUCUCUAAGUGUUACAUAUAGGCUGUGUGCAUUAAAAUGAGAGGUUAUGAAUCUCCUGCAAAUAAACUAUAGUUUUUUUAUGUGUUCA